CGCGGUCUUGAACAGUUGUAUAUUCGCGCGAUGGACUUUCUCGUGCAGUCUUCUGAGCGUACCCCAUGGGCUAUACUCAAGCAUUCGCAUACUCUGAAACGUCUGGCGUGCCACUACUAUGAUAAGCUGGCGAUGGGUCAGAAUCGAGACUGCCCGUUCUUCUGGAGACACCGUCUCUACCAAGUCCUCGACAAUCUCCGCCUCGAAGCUCUGGGUAUAAACAUCAUUCCCUGCGACCUGGUAAGCCCCUCCCAUCCACAACCACCCUUUAUACCAGAUACCUAACAACCCCAGCGCAUCCGCAUCGCCAAAACCCAAACAGCCCAAACGCUCAAACUCCUCCACUUCCGCGUGACAGGCCCCUACCACACCCCCCGCAACCUCCUCCACAAGCUCAAAAUCGCCGGACUCCCCAAAGAAUGCGUCCCCAGGUCCCUCCGCCGCCCCAAACGCCGCAUGCCCUCGGAGCACGCCUUCGCAAUCCACCUCGCGCUGCGGAUGUCACUGGACCAGGCGGACCGACGGAUGAAGAGACUACUCAACAUGAUGGAGUUGCUUAACUUCGUCAAAUGGGCGUUUAGUCCGGACGGUCUGCCGAAUUUGAUGGUUCUCGCGUAUGGCGAUUUCAGCUGUAAGCAGCGACAUGGUUGGUCGCAGGUUGUUUUCGUUCGGUACCCGCGUCCGAACAUGCCUAUCCCCAGCGCAAAAGAAGAUCAAAACGGCGUCUUCGGUCCAUCCUUGCCCUUCCGCAUCAUGCAUCCCGAAGACGAAUAUCUGUGGGAUGAGAUCGAUGGCGCGAAGGAGUUGCUCGAGGCGUGCCCGCAGCUAUGUGCGGAGGAUAUUACGGCGAGACCGAAUGAAAAUGUGACGUAUCCGGAGCCGCAGGAGAGUUAUUUCUCGGAUGAUGAGUUGCCUGGUGCUGAGUGUGAUGAUGUGGAUUAUUUCGAGGAGUUUGCGGAGGAUGUUUUUGAUUAGUGGAUGGACAUGAUUGAAUUGGAUAUUGGAUGCUUUGGGGUUUUGUUUUUCGCUUUUGUUAGAAAUUCUGGAUAUGAAAGGAAAGAAAGGGAAAUUUACCAAAAGGAGCGUUAUCAGAUUGGGCUUUCUUUUUGCAAUGUUUUUGGCUUACUUAC